AGCGGCGUGCGGGGCGAGCUGCGGGCCCGGGGCUCCUCCCGCCGGGCCGGCGCUGCCCCGGUGUGCUCGGGGCUCUGCAGGCCGCGAGCGUGAGCAGCCGCCGUGCCCGGGUGUGCUUGCCCCCGUGUGUGAGCGUGGCUGGGGUGGGCUCGGUUUUGAAUACGAGCUGCUGCCGGGCUCGGUGCCCCUCCAUCUUAGAGCUCUGAAUCAGCAAAGCCCCCAUUUUUCUUUCCAGCAAGGUGCUUCAGUAUGUGCUGCUUUUGUCAUUUCAGCCCAUCCUGCUGUGUUUCUGCUUUCCUCCCCUCAGAUCCGUCUGUCUCAGCUCGAUAUUUCGAGCUUUCACAGCUGAAUCCCAGGACUGACCUUUGCUAACGGAGCGCUGUAUAAUGCCAUAGUGGUGUGGGCUUGGGUCUUUGGCUGAUCCGUGUUAAGUUGGCUGGUAGCUUGUCUAACAAAGAACCGUACUGUAAUGUCUUGUACAAAGUCUUUAUCUGUGGAACCGAUGUGUCUGACCUGGUGACUGAUCUGCGUGCUUACAGUCAGGGCUUCAAAGUGGAAAAAUACUGUAUUCUGGAUGUACAUUGCUGGGCUAAGGCACUGGACGAGCUACCUUUUUCCUGAAAACCAGACAGAAGCUUGCAAGUGUUUUAGAAUUAGAUGCAUCAUUUAUUUGGUGUCAUCACCGUUAACCUAAAUAGGUCUGCUGUGAGACAUCUUAAUCCUAUAUAACAGUUCCUUGUCGCUAAGGUUGAGAAGUGUUUCCCCGUGUCUGGGUUAGCUUAGCACUGUCCUAAGGUAAGUGCUCUAUUUUAGAGCUGGAAGCAGUGAUGCACUUUGAAAAGAUUAAGUGUGAACUCAUUAUGUACCAAGAUAACACUGGGCUGAUGUAUCAACUACAUGAAACUCUUGUUUUCCGUCUUUUUAAUUCUCCUGUUGCUGAGCUUUCAUCCAAUAGUGUUAGGAAGUGUUUUGUUCUUAUCCCAACUUUUUUUAGCACAACUGUUUCCAGAUGUUUGAAUGAACAGCCUGUUCCAUUCUGGUUAGAGCCGUCAGGCUGAUUUAACCUGAUGUUUUCAUUGCCCCUGCUUCCUGUCUAAUAAGGACUUCAGGGGGAACAUGGGAAGUGAGCUUUGGCUCCCUGAGGCAGAACUCAAUGAAUAUGGUGUCAUAACUGCAGGAAUGUCUGAAGACCACAAGAGUGGGAAAGGUAGGGUCCUCUUCUGAGCACUGCAUGUGUUUUCCCUUGGGUAAUUGAUACUCUGGUUAUCCAGCAAGUCUGUCAUGGCAGUUUUGUGUGUUUUUGACGUUGAAAAAGAGCAAAUGAGCAUGAAUUACUGGUGAGAUAAGAGAGGUUUCUAGGAUCCGCUUCUAGUCACUGGGAAUUUCAUUGUGCCACCUUCUCCAGUUGCUUUGAGCUCAUAUAAUUAAAGUCUGUAGCCAACAGGAAGGUCAGGCCCUCUCCCUGCUGACAGCUGAGUGUUUGUGCCUUACCAGUUUGAUUGGGGAGCUGAAGCUGAGGACACUCACCUUGACCAUACUUCUUUCCUCCUGCUUUUGUGAGUAGUGGCAUCCUCUGCUUCAUCAUAAGGAUGACAGUAUUGGGCACAUCCUUAUUUUCAAAAUAUUCUGGAAGGCAACAUCAAAAAUGUGCUAUGGGGGAUCCCCCCUCUAAUGACAGAUUGUACAAGACAACAGAAUUGCAAGUUAUUCUGUUUCCACUGGCAGUGUUGAGAAGUCAAGGUUAAAUUAGCAAGCGCUCAGGUCAAAAAAUGCCCAGGCUGAAGUUGUACCUGCAGCCUUAACCGGUUAAUUAGCCUCCUUGACAAGCAUUACAAUUUGUUCUUAAUCGUGCAGUUACAUGCUAUUCUUGUCCGUGCUAAGCUUCCUAGUGUUUUCUUUUCUCGUUCCCUCACCCACAUAUGGCACUUAUUAAAUUUAUCAGCCUCUGAAAACGUGACCUUGUGAAGCCUGAUGAGCAGGAGGUGGCGAGCCCUGCCCAGGCUGGGAGCUGGUUGUUGACCAUCUGCUUACAGGACACAGCCUCUUGCUUAAAUAGAUCACCAGAUGCUUGUGUAGAUUUUGAUGGCGUUUUAGAUGUCAGUUGUUAGUUCAUUUCUCUGUUUCUCAAGGUUGCUGUGGAACUGGUGAGUGGGUUAUGAGGUGGAGCAUGCAGUCUUGUGGAUUGUGUUUGAGUAAGAAGCAUAGGUGUUCAGUCUGAAGUUGAAUAUCUACAGCCUUUACUCUUGAGCAGGUAUAUUUCUUGCAUCUGUGGCUGAAGCCGUAGAAUAUCUGAUGAAGACUUUGUUUGGGCCAUUACUCAGGCACUGUGUUGUAACCCAGGCAUUUCACUCAUUCCUAUCAGAUUCCCCCAGUCCAUCCACCAUCAGUUGGCUUUAGCAUGGCUGAGAUGUGCGGCACAGUUAAGUGCUGAUGCUGGGCUGCAGAGUCCUGGAAGGCUGCAGGCUGACUUGCUUCUGGCAUCCCAUGCCCUCUUGGUUGUAAGAGGUUGGCUCCGUAUUCCGGUGACUGUUCAACGGAGAGAGUUUGGGUAACAUCUCUAAGGUCAUCGUAAGGACGCGGAUAGCCAGGAUUUCCCUCGGGUCUGCCUGAGCACUGCUGAGCUGCACCUCCCAGCCUUUGUGGCUCUCCCCAUGCUCCAGGAGUUGAACUGGUGCCCAACGCAAUGUGUGUUUGUCAAACCAUGGAAGUGGGCAAGUAUGGCAAGAAUGCCACUAAAUCUGGAGACCGGGGGGUCCUGCUGGAGCCUUUCAUUCACCAGGUGGGCGGCCACAGCAGCAUGAUGCGCUAUGACGACCACACCGUCUGCAAGCCGCUCAUCACCAGGGAACAGCGCUUCUACGAAUCCCUGCCCCCAGAAAUGAAGGAGUUCACACCUGAGUACAAAGGUGUGGUGUCUGUCUGUUUUGAGGGAGACAGCGAUGGCUACAUUAAUCUGGUAGCAUAUCCCUACAUGGAGAAUGAAGCUUUGGAGCAGGAUGACAUGCCAGAGAGGGACCAGCCACGGCGCAAGCACUCGCGUCGGAGUCUUCACAGGUCAAGCAGCGGUGCUGAGCACAAGGAGGAAAAACCUGGCCUGGCCAGUGACAGCACUGAAAGCAGCAUCCAGGAGGCAAAGAGUUCCAGGAUGGACUUGCACAUCCACUCAGAUGUUCCAUUUCAGAUGUUGGAUGGGAACAGUGGCCUGAGCUCUGAAAAGAUCAGCCAUAACCCCUGGAGCCUGCGCUGUCACAAGCAGCAGCUGAGCCGCAUGCGGUCGGAGUCCAAGGAGCGAAAACUCUACAAGUUCCUUUUGCUGGAGAAUGUGGUGCAUCAUUUCAAGUUUCCCUGUGUGCUUGAUCUGAAGAUGGGGACCAGACAGCACGGAGAUGAUGCCUCUGAGGAGAAGGCUGCUCGGCAGAUGAAGAAGUGUGAACAGAGCACUUCUGCCACCUUGGGUGUGCGAGUGUGUGGGAUGCAGGUCUAUCAACUGAACACAGGGCAUUACUUAUGCAGGAAUAAAUACUAUGGACGUGGUCUUUCCAUCGAGGGCUUCCGCAACGCCCUCUACCAGUAUCUCCACAACGGCAUAGAGCUGCGCAAGGACCUCUUUGAGCCUGUCCUCGCCAAACUCCGAAGCUUGAAGGCAGUUUUGGAGAGGCAGGCCUCCUACCGCUUCUACUCCAGCUCCCUUCUCAUCAUUUACGAUGGGAAGGACAGCAGGGCAGAGAUGUUUGUGGAUUGCCAGCCCGAGACGCGCCUGAAGCAGAUGGACGGCUCCGUUCCGGAGAGCCUGCAGGACGGCGGCGGCGUGGAGCCCAGCUCCCCCCCCCAGCCCAUGGUGGAUGUGCGUAUGAUUGACUUUGCACACAGCACGUUCAAAGGCUUCCGCGAUGACCCCACUGUGCAUGACGGACCUGACAGAGGUUAUGUGUUUGGGCUGGAGAGCCUCAUCAACAUCAUGGAACAGCUGCGUGAGGGAAACCAGUAGCCCUGGCCUAGGGCCGCUUAUUCUUGUCCUGGUGCCCGGAGCAGCCACGACCAUCUACUAUCAUGGGAAACAGCAGCCACUUCAGUUUUAAAACAAUUGUAUUGCUCCACUGUUUUUAAAUGUACUUGGAUAGAAGAGCUGAAGGGAGAGAGGGUGGAAGUGUUCCUCAAGCUGACCACAACAGCUCUGCCUCCCGGAGGAGGGGGCUCUACAGCUGCCUGCUGGGGCUCCUGGUACUGCGCUCCUCGCACGUGUAUUCUGGAGGGGGGACCUGGCCCUAGGGAAGGGAAAGCAGGAGAGUGCAGGGCUCUAGGGCUGGAGCUGCGGCUUGUGGAGCCUCCUGUGUCAGCAGCCCCCUGAAGGCCUUUGGCUCGCAAUUCUCCCAGGGCACUGGAGCAGCAGCCAGCAGCCUCUGUGGGGUGGGCAGGCUGCGGGCUCGCUGGCUGGCAUUGCUAGCUCUGCCCUCUGUUUUGCCGACGAGGCUUUGCUUUUGAUGCUGCCUUUUCCUUCUGUUUGGGCACUGUGAAUAAGCGACCCAAACGGGGAAAUAAAAUGACCAAAUGCAACCCA